AAACCGCAAGGUCGCCGUAGCCAAAGAUACACUCACACAAACUCACUAGUCUAGUAGUGGUAUUUCUGUGGUGCGGUUGAGCCGUGCGCGUUCGCUUCGUCAGUCGGCGCAAUUUCCCCAUUAAUGUCAGCUUCGCGUCGUGCUGUGAAGAGGAACGACGACCGGCCGACCCCGCGACCCACCGAAAAUGGCAGAUUCGCAAGCUGACGCAGUCCCCAAGUCACCGAUCAUCAUGAAAGUCGACGCUCCGUCCGAUGAAGUUGAAAAUAACGAUAAUGAAGCAAUUGGCCAUACAAUCUGUUUCCCGUCGCCACGGCCUAUUGCCAGCAGAUUUGGCAAUCCGUUCGCACCGAAACCAUCCUCGCCGGCGCCAUCGACCGCCAGUGCGAGCAGUUCAGUCCUGCGGCCGUCACAACUCUCACAGCAUGUUCACACUACCAGUAAACCGUUCUCGCUCACACCCGGCAAACUCAACCCGUUUAUGAAAGCCUCCACCACAGACGAUCACGACUCCGAUGAGAAAAAAGUCGAGAGCACAAACGGUGAAACGCCGAAAUUCAUGCCGUUGCUAACCUCGUCAAAAUCACCGCCUGUGGUUGGUUCAGCAUCAGUUUCAUCCGCAACAGCAGACAGUCAAAAGGAUAAACCUCCUGUCGCCACCACAAACUUCGUUUUCGGCCAAAAUCUUCAAGAGCGCGUUAUUAGCGAUCCGCUGGGCACAUCAUCUCAAAACACGACUAGUACUUCGAAUGUAUCGUCGACAUCAGAUGAUUGUAAACCUUCGUCAUCGACGGGAAUUUGCACAUCCAGCGCGGCUACAAAUGGCACUUCUUCCAGGGAAGAAAUGUUGUUUAGUACAGCUAUUAAAGAUGCGCCUGUAAGCACCAGCGAUCCGGGCAGCGCGAGUAAAUCACUCACAGAAUCAGCGAGAGAAUAUGAGGAACAGCGAAAUAAUAAGAGGAAAUACGAAGAAGUUGAGACAAAGACAGGCGAGGAGGAUGAAACGAACGUGAUGCAGAUUUCAUGCAAACUCUUCGCGUUUGAUAAGGGAGUUGGUAAUUGGCAGGAGCGGGGGCGAGGUAUUUUACGACUCAACGAUCUGAUCGUGGCGGAUAAGGACAAUGAUGAGUUCUACACACAAUCAAGGCUGGUGUUUCGUACUUCAGGUGUGCACAAAGUUAUUUUGAAUACCAAAAUUUGGGCGGAAAUGACAGUGGAACAAGCUUCAGCAAAAAGUGUCCGCUUCACCGCCAUUGAUACAGCCGGUGAUAUCAAAGUGUUCCUCGUGAUGGCCUCGCCGGAAGAGACUAAACACCUCCACCGACUCCUACAGGAGCGGCGUACUGCCGAGCAGAAACGCCAGCACCUCAAGAAGCAGACGACGGACGAGACGUCGCCGCGCAAAAAUGAUUCUACCUCUUCGCUCAACAUGGACACGUCGCAUGAGGCCGAAGCGCCCGCUGACGACGACGAUAUCACCAACGGCCGACAGGCGACCGUCAUUCGCACGGCGCCGGAAAGUAGCGAUAACUAAAAAAAAAAACGAGCAUCAAUCAGUCGGCGUCACUUUUAAAACUGUGUUUUGUUUUCUAAUAUUAGCUUGUCAUGAUACUUGAACAUUUUGUACUUGCGUUUAUGUCGACAGUGAAGAAUGCAACGGGAUAUGAGAGAAAUAAUUUAUUUGUUAAGCGAAACUCAACGAGUGAAGUAAAUUAAAUACACUAGCGGCAUGCUGAAUCAAUUUAGUUUGUUUGCGAACCAGAAGCAGCAGCCAUGAUUUUAAGACUUAACCGUUUAAGCUAGUGGACUUUACUAACUCAUUAAAGAAUUCCGAUGAAAAUGGUGUUAUAUAUUACUCAAAAGUAGUUUAUUUUCUAUAAUAGUGCAAAAACUGCAAUUUUGACGUUGCUAAUUGCAAAAAUCGGAAAAAAGCAUGGUAUUUUGUUUGAUUGGUUAUGAUUUGUACACAAACAACAUCUGGGAGAUAAAACUAAACUAAACAGUUUAUAUAAUUCGUA